AUGAAUCCUACCUCUGAGCUCUUACCUGAAGAACAACAGGGAAUUGAGCAUGUUGAACGUUUAUUAGAUCAAGCUGGUCCAGAGAUCACAGCAGAGGUUUUGGAAGCUCUUCGUCAAAAAUACAAAUUUCGAUUCGUCCCUCGACCUGGUGAAUCUCAAGUGGCGUUAAGCUGGCACACUGGCCGUGUUGAUUCUAAUGGAUGA